AGCUUCCUCUAAGGAGGUGUUUUAUUUGCUAACCUUGCAUCGCCUCGUUCCAUCUCUGGAUUGUACAAACAUACCGAUUUUACGCUGUAUAUUUCAGUUGUAUUUGAGGUAUUGUGACAUUGUUAGCUACACUCAGCAGUUUGAUGAAGAUCUGCUCCGGCUAGUGCGCUAACGCUAGCCUGAAAGUGAGAGCCUCAAAUCCGUAAUAUUAUAGUGCAUUUAGCUCACUGGGAGAGCUAAUUUUGUCAGUCACAUCUACAGCUACGUGCAUCUUUGGAUUCAUGGCACGCAAGGCAAGAAAAAACGGAGUGGGGCUGUGAAGCUGAAACCCAGGAAGAAGCCAUGACCUUUAUAAGGUUUCAGUGCACAGUCUCCUGGAGCUUCAGUUUGUAGUGAAACACAAGAAACCAGAGCAGACAUGAAUCUUCAUCAGGUUCUCACCGGAGCUGUCAACCCUGGAGACAACUGCUUUUCUGUGGGCAGUGUCAAUAGUGUCCCAUUCACGGCAUACGCGUCAGGAUGUGACGUGGUGAUUCUGGGCAGUGACUUUGAGCGUCUCCAGAUCAUCCCAGGGGCCAAACAUGGGAACAUCCAGGUGGGCUGUGUGGACUGCUCACUGCAAGGAGGACAGAUUGCAGCUUCCUAUGGAAGUAUUGUCUGCAUCUUUGAGCCAGUUUAUCAGCCUGAUCACAAAGACGCUCUGCUGACUAAGCUAAAUUGCCAGUGGCACAAGACGGGCCAGUUCCUUUUAGAGUCUAUUGUACGAAACCUGGCGUGGCACCCCACAGGUUCCAGUCUCUUAACAGGCUCGAGCUCUCUUCAGUUGUGGUCUAAUUGUCAAGGAAACGGUGAAGACGGUGAAGAUGCCACAGUGAAAGAGUCUGGGUGGAAGUGCAUUUGGCAGAACAGAACUGCUUCCCCGGUCAGUUUAAUGAAGUUUUCACCAGAUGGAGAGUUUUUUGCUACCGCUGGGCAGGAUGAUUGCCUGGUGAAAGUUUGGUACAGCACCAGUAAAUGGAAGUGUGGCGUCUCUCACUUCUUCACGCCUCCAGAGCUCGACCUGAGUGUACAGGGAGAGCUCACUUUCUCUUUCAUCUACCUCGCCCAUCCCCGCUCCGUCACAGGAUUCUCAUGGAGGAAGACAAGCAAGUAUAUGCCACGCGGUUCGGUCUGCAAUGUUCUCCUCACCUGCUGUAAAGAUAGUGUAUGUCGACUAUGGGCUGAGACGCUGUUACCAGGAGAUACACUUCAGUCUGGUCCCCAUAACAACCACAAAGGCGCCCAGCACAGAGACACGCAGAGUUAUGCCAGCCCUUCUCGGAAAAAGGCCUGCAACGGAACGGCACAUGGAAAAACUGCACAGGAACUAAAUCUUCAGGAGUGUUUGCAUUCGAGUAUUUACCGGGACGUGAUCCACCCCUCCCUGACCAGCUGCCUGCCCCAUAACCAGAACCGGCACUGCAACCACCGCAAAGCCAACUAUCUGCCCCACGCCAACGCACUCUGCCACUUUCACAUCGCUGCCAGCAUCAACCCUGCCACAGACAUUCCCUUGCUUCCCUCGAUCUCGUCUCUAUCUUCUGAUGAUGACGAGUCUGGAGGCCUUUUUACCGUCCACUGGUUAAACAACAAAGAGCUUCAGUUCACUUUAGCCAUGGAAGUCUUCCUUCAGCAGCUGCGGGCCAGUUUGGAGCAACAGCAGGAGUUAUCAAAUGAAGAUCCUGAAGAGGAGGAUCAUCUUGAAGAAAGUGGUGCAAAGUCAUGUGACCCAGAGCCAGAGUCCAUGGAGCUUCCCUUUGCCUCAGUGGAGCAUCAGGUGCAGGUGUUGUUAGAGGAGUGGAACAAAGCGGCCGACAUGUUGUUCAGUAUUCACCCCAUGGACGGCUCUCUGUUGGUCUGGCUCGUGGACUGGCUAGACGAAUACCAGCCCUGCAUGUUUAGACAAGCUCAGGUGUCUUUUGUAUCCCGUAUUCCAGUAGCAUUCCCUGCAGGUGAUGCCAUCUCCCUGAGCCAUAGCGUGGUUAUGUACGCCUGCAAUAAAAAUGUGGACUUGGCUCUGCAACACGGCAGACAGCGCCCCCCCGGCUCCUCUCUGCCCCAAGCCAAAUCUGCUCUCAUCAGUUAUGCUGGACAAAGUAAAGCGGCCCCCAGCAACAGCCUCCGUUUCAGUAUAUUCACUCCGAAUGUCCUGAUGAUCUCCAAACACGACGACGGCUCGCUGAACCAGUGGGCCGUGAGCUUCGCAGAGGACUCUGCUUUCUCUACUGUCCUAAGCGUGUCUCAUAAGUCCCGGUACUGUGGGCACCGCUUCCACCUCAACGACCUGGCCUGUCACUCAGUGCUGCCCCUGCUGCUCACCACCUCUCAUCACAACGCCCUGAGAACUCCAGAUGUGGACAACAUCCUGGCCCCUCCCGAGCACAGCCUCCGACCAAAUCGCCUUUCACUGGGAGGCAUUUCCCAAGAUCCGAAUGCCAUCUACAGCGAGCUCAUCCUGUGGAGAGUGGAGCCUGUGGGGCCUCUGUCUCUGUCAGGGGGAGUCUCUGAACUGGCUCGCAUCAACUCACUGCAUUCUUCAGCGUUCUCCAAUGUGGCGUGGCUGCCCACACUGAUCCCAAGCACAUGUUUAGGAGCUUACUGUAACUCUCCCAGCGCCUGCUUUGUGGCCAGUGACGGUCACUCACUUCGGUUAUAUCAGGCUGUCAUAGAAGCCAAGAAACUUCUGAGUGAGCUCUCCAACCCUGAGAUAUCAAAAUAUGUAGGAGAGGUCUUUAACAUCAUUAGCCAGCAGUCCACAGCCAAACCGGGCUGCAUCAUUGAGCUGGAUGCUAUCACAGACUUUCAGGGCAAAGAGACUCAGCUCCUCCAUGUUUUUGAAGAAGACUUGAUCCUGGGAUAUGGGCGCACUGAGACAGAUGAAGCAUCAGACAGCUCUGAGACAGGCUCUAGUCCUCCGCUCUUCUCAGCCCGGUUCUUCUUGGUGGUGGUAGAAAUAACGGGAACGGGCCGAUCACUGCUCCACAUGUGGCAUCUAUGUCUCAACGCUCUCUCUGUCGGUUUGGACGAAACAAAUGCAGAGAAGGACCUUUCUACAUCCUCGUUCACCAACAGCUCCCAGUUAAACUUUAAUUUUGAUUCAGUGACUCCUCCUGUGACGGUGAAAAGUAAACCAUGCACUUCAAACCUGCAGAGUGCGUGUCGCCUCUGCCUCACCUCACAGAGGGUCUACAGCCAAGAGCUCCCCCUGCCUGUGGGAGUGGAAGCUGUCAGUGUGAGGCCGGCAGCAGGUCACCUCAGUGGGUCCUGUUCACUUCCUGCGGGACAUGUGCCUUACCUCCUCGCGACGUCCUGCUCUGAUGGGACAGUUCGCUUCUGGAGGUGCAGCGUCAUGACCUCUGACCCCUCCGGCACACCAGAGCCACAGUACCAGUGGGAAGAGUGGCCUUUGCAAGUAGAACAAGAUCUUCCCAACAACAGCGUAGUCACUUUACCCGGGUCACCCAUCGAGGUCAGCUGCUGCCACACAGGGCGGAUAGCUGUGGCUUACAAACACAAGCCAAACUCACCUUUGAACUCCACCCUUCUGAACUCCGCCCUUCUGAACUCCGCCCCUCAUCACAAUUUGACACUUUUGACCCCUCCCACUCUUAUGUCUUCCCCUCAUCCCCACUUAACUAGCACACACUUGGUCCCAAAACUUGGCAUCAAACACAGUCUAAACUCCCCUCUCAGCCCAAACAUUCCCAACAACAGAAUUCCCAGUGUCCAUAUUGGCAUCUUCCAGUGCGAGUCCACAGGAGGGGCUCAGUGGAUCCUAGAACAGACUAUAGUCUUGGACAAUGUGGACCCCAUAACUCCCAACGGCAUAAGCGACGUCCCAUCUGAAAAUAUCCCAAAUGGAGACACAGAAUAUUCUAUACCUUCUGGGAAUUGUAGUGGUUGGACUGGGAAAAGUUUGGUUCAUUUGGAUUGGGUUUCGCAAGAGAAUGGUUCACAUGUUCUUACCGUUGGCAUAGGAACAAAGAUUUUUAUGUAUGGACUUUUGUCUGGUAAACCUCCUGAGUUGGGGUUAUCGUCCUAUGGCAGCAAAGACCACAGCUUAUCUCAACUUGUACUCCUUCGGACUGUGAACCUAGUGUCUUCUGUUGAGGGGACUUUACCCAUCCCCGUGUCUCUAUCCUGGGUCCGAGAUGGAAUCUUAGUUUUGGGAAUGGACUGUGAAAUGCAUGUCUACUCCCAAUGGCAACCGCCUAAACCAACUCAGCAGUCUACUUUAAAUAUCCCAGACACAGACAUCAGCAGCAGCGUGUCCUCCAUCUCCUCUGCUCUUCGUCAGUGUCCAGAAGAGCCGACCACAACUCCGACGCCUUUCAUGCCAUCUUUGUCCCUCCCCAAAAGGGCAUCUACGAGGUCAAUGAUGAGUUUAGCGCAGAAACUCAGUGGGAAGAAGACUGCAUAUGAUCUGCCUGUUGAAAUGGAGGACUCGGGACUGUUCGAAGCUGCUCACAACCUUUUCCCCACUCUGCCCCAGUACCACCCAUUUCAGCUACUGGAACUUAUGGAUUUAGGGAAGGUCCAUCGUGCCAAAGCCAUUCUCUCACAUCUGGUGAAGUGCAUAGCAGGAGAGGUGGUGUCGUUGAGAGACAGAGACACACAUCCUGAGAAGCGUGUGCGCUCUCGGACCAUCAGCGCAGGAGGCAGCACAGCCCGAGACCUCAAGAUCUUUAGUCAAACUGAGAAGUCAUCUCCAGAUUAUACCGAGAUCAGCUCUGUGCCUCCUCUGCCUCUGUAUGCCCUACUCGCAGCUGACGAGGACUCUGCCCAGAAACCAGAUAAAGUGAGCAGUGUGAGCAGAGACAGUGGCCACGGGUCCAGCCACACAGACGCUUACGACGAGCUCUUUCACACCCCAACCUUAGGAGAGCUGGACCCUCUGGAUAGUGACCAAGAGGAAACCGGGAACAAGGUGAUAGACUUAUCCCAAUACAGUCCGACCUACUUUGGACCAGAACACGCUCAGAUUUUGUCCAGCCACCUCCUUCACUCCAGUUUACCUGGACUAACUCGAAUGGAGCAGAUGUCACUCAUGGCUCUAGCUGACACCAUAGCAACCACCAGCACUGACCUCAAGGACUGUCAGGGCAAGAACAAAGGAGGGGAGACGCUGGAUGAGUGUGGGCUGAAGUUUCUAUUGGCUGUGAGACUUCAUACCUUCCUCUCUACCUCCCUCCCACCUGCGUACAGACUACAGCUGCGACGACAAGGCCUGUCCACGUGCCAUUACGCCUGGGCCUUUCACUCUGAUGCUGAGGAGGAGCUGCUGAACAUGCUGCCUGCUCUACAGAAAGACGAGCCCACCUGGUCUGAGCUCAGGUCUAUGGGGGUGGGCUGGUGGCUCCGCAGUACCAACAAGCUCCGCAGGUGUAUUGAGAAGGUUGCCAAGUCCACUUUCCAGAAAAACAAUGAUCCUCUAGAUGCAGCUAUAUUCUAUCUGGCUAUGAAAAAGAAGGCAGUCGUCUGGGGCUUAUACAGAUCUCAAAAGAAUCUCAAAAUGACAGAGUUUUUCAGCCACAAUUUCACAGAAGAUCGGUGGAGGAAAGCAGCUCUGAAGAAUGCCUUUUCAUUACUGGGGAAGCAGCGGUUCCAGCACUCUGCCGCCUUCUUCCUCCUCGCCGGAUCGCUCAAAGACGCUGUAGAGGUCUGUGUGGAAAAAUUGCAAGAUCUACAGCUGGCUUUAGUGAUCUCCAGACUGUAUGAAUCUGAGUUUGAGACGGCGUCCACCUACAAGAAGAUCCUACAGAGGCAUGUGUUAGGUCAAGACAAACAGAUUGGAGCAAACUUGGACCCUUUCUUGAGGAGCAUGGCAUACUGGGUUCUGGAGGACUACAGCAGAGCCCUGGACACUCUCAUCGAACAGCCUGCUAGCACAAUCUCAGAAAGUCCUCAAACCGUCUCCUUGUGUAACCCAGACGUCUUUAACUUCUACACUUACCUCCGCACGCACCCACUCCUCCUCCGCCGCCAUUUUGGAUCUUCUGAUAAAUCCAAAGUGGGUCUGACUGCUGAGUGUCGUCGGGCAGAUUCCAUUAGCCUUGACGAGCGAAGGCUUUUUUUCACUGCUGCGUAUGCUCACCUACAAACCGGCUGCCCCAUGCUGGCGCUGGAAGUCCUCUCUAAAAUGCCCAAAGUCCGAAAACGAUCCGAAAGAAGGGAAUUAAGUUUGGGAAGUAAGGAAGUGUCGGAAGAGUGGUCUCAAGCUGCAGUGAAUGGAUACGAGUCCGAUAGCUGCUCGAUCAGUCACUCAGAUUCUGUGUUGAGUUUUGAUUGGAGCCAGCCCUCCCUCACGCUGCCCGAUGAGGCUCUGGAGCUCAAAUGGGACAGUGAUAAAGAAGAGGAGGAGGAGGAGGAAGAGGAAAAAAGUUACAACAACAGCGUGGUCCAGGAAGAGGACACACAGAACGCUGGGUCAUCGCUAAUGGAGUCGUUGCCCGGGGAGGAGUCUGAGGACAGUGAUGAGUUUAUUGUUCCGUCUGAUGACAUCCUCGCGGCACAGCUCAAGUUCACCGCCUGUUUAAAGAUCAUGACCAAUGAGCUCCGAACGCUUUCUACAGGCUACGAACUGGACGGAGGGAAGCUACGGUAUCAACUGUACCAGUGGCUAGAGAGAGAGGUGGUGGCUCUCCAGCAGUGCUGCAGCUAUAGACCCUGCCUUCCAGAGCGCUGUGCCCAGGGAGAGGGCCUCUUCUCUGGGGUUGGGGAGGAGGAACAGGUGUGCAGCCCAGGUUGUGCCCCUCAGAGGAGCAGGAGACACUGGCUGUUGAGUAACCAGCCUUUACUGCGGAUGUUCCUGAGUUACUGCAGUCUGCAUGGCUCCCAUGGCGGAGGACUGGCCUCGGUCCGAAUGGAGCUGAUACUACUGCUGCAGGAGUCGCUCCAGAAUGAGACAGCCCGCCCGGUGACCACGCCCUGUUCUCAGCCCCAUCUCGCCUCCAUCCCUCUCCUUGUGGCCUGCACUUCUAAUGUUAAAACGGUAGUGGCCAAUCCUUUUGUUUACCUCACCAACCUCAGCCAUGACCUUUUGCAAACCAUCAAUGCUCUGGACUCUCCACCUCAUCCAGAUGUCAGUAAUAACAGCAUCUAUGUCCUGCACACUUUGGCUGCCUCUCUCUCAGCCUGCAUCUAUCAGUGUUUGUGUGAUGGACAAACCUACAGCCACGUGGACCCAUUCACUGGGAUCGUGUAUGAGAGUGUGCUGUUGUCUCAGAAGCAGACACUUAGAACAGUGAGCAUGGAGGAGUCUGUUCAGCCCAACACCUCUCCUGCUCAGUGGCCAGGUAUCGCCUCUUUAAUCCGCUUGUUGAGCUCUGCGGGGGAGGAGAGCCAGCCCAGCCUGUCUGUGCUGCUGUGUGAAAUCCUCACUGCGGUCUAUCUCAGUCUGUUUGUACACGGCAUGGCCACUCAUUCCAGCAACGAGCUCUACCACAUUAUGGCCCACCCGCUCAACAGCCAGCUCUGGGCCAGCGUGUUCGGAGGAGGAGCUCGGACCCCCGUCAGGACACCCCCACCAGCUUCUCCGGGUGUGGACGGCUUCGAGCGCAAGUCCCGGCGUUUCAGGCUCUUGUCAUCUCGCAGUGGCUCAAAGGAGGAGUCUUCAAUGGAGAGAGAGGGACCUCCCAGCCCCCUGUUUGUGCCUGUGGUGGAGAGAGAGGCCACUUCCAUUUUUAAGGAGCAGUUUGUCCCUCCAGACCUCAGCAUCUGGGAUUACUUCAUUGCCAAGCCACCGUUGCCGCCGUCUGAAAACCGCAUCGAUUAUGACUCUGAGGCGAGUGUAGGCAGCGAUGAUGAUGAAGAUGACGAUGAUUACGAGGAUGUGUUUGACCCCAGCUCGCCACAAAAAGAGCACUCGAACAAUAAUUCAUACAGUUGGUGUCUGAUGCGUCUGGCCAUGGUUCAGUUGGUGCUGGUCAACCUCAAGUCUUUUUAUCCUAUGGCUGGAUAUGAUCUUUUAGACCUCCCCGUGGCCUCCCCUCUGUGUCACGCUGUGCUGAAGACGCUGCAACGCUGGGAGCAGGUGCUUCAGAAGAGGCUGGAGCUCUUUGGCGGACCACCUCCAAAAUACAUCUCCACUAAUCCCCUAGAAGACACCCCUGGCCCCGCCCUCCUCAGGCACAAGGCCCUGUUUGAACCCACCAACACCCCAUUCAGAUCAAGCCACCACUCCACACUACCAGUCAAACGCUUAUGGCAAUUUUUGGUGAAACAAGAAGAAAUACAAGAGACAUUUAUUCGCAAUAUUUUCACCAAAAAACGGGACCCAAAUGAGUCAAUUGAGGACCAAACUGACUUAGGGACAUGUACAGGAAUGGAAGAAAACGUGAGGAAUCAGUCUGAGUCAGACGCAGCCGGCUCUGGAGGAAAAGCACGAAUCAUCCACAAGGAGUCAGACAUCAUCACUGCUUUUGCCAUUAAUAAGGCAAACCGCAACUGUUUAGUGAUGGCGUCCACCCAUGACAUUCAAGAGCUCGAUGUGUCGUCCAUCUUGGCUACUCAGAUCUUGACGUGGAUCGAUGAUGAUGAGGCUGAAGCCAAAAGCGUGGGUGGAGAUGAGUUCUUGGUGGUCCAUGCCCGGGACGACUUCGCUGCUCUUCAUGGGACCACGCCGUACACCCACAGCAGCCCUGGGACCCCCAUAAACAUGCCCUGGUUAGGAGGACUACAGACUGGACGAGGGGCAGCGGUGAUGAUCAAAAGAAACAUCAACAAUGUGAGAAGAAUGGCGUCUCAUCCCACGCUGCCCUACUAUUUGACUGGUGCUCAAGAUGGCAGCGUGCGUAUGUUCGAGUGGGGUCAUUCUCAACAGAUCAUCUGCUUUCGGAGCCCAGGAAACUCCAGAGUCACUCGCAUACGAUUCAGUCACCAAGGCAACAAGUUUGGUAUUGUCGAUGCAGAUGGAGGUUUGAGCCUGUGGCAAACUAACACAAGUGGAGCUGCGCCUAAACCUUAUCUGACUUUACAGUGUCACAAUAAAACGGCCAAUGACUUCGUCUUCGUGGGCUCGUCAUCGCUCAUCGCUACGGCCGGACUCUCCACAGACAACAGGAACGUGUGCGUAUGGGACACCCUGGUUGUACCGGCCAACAGCCUCGUACAUGCUUUCCUUUGCCAUGACUCCGGGGCCACGGUCCUGUGUAUGGCGCCCCGACAGCAGCUGCUCAUCACGGGCGGGAGGAGGGGCUUUGUGAGUGUCCUGGAGCUCUCACACAGGCACCAGAGGCAGAGCUUUCAGGCCCACGACUCUCCGGUCAAAGCCCUCGCCCUGGACCCCACAGAGGACUGUUUCAUCAGUGGCUCCUCCGAAGGCACCAUCAAGGUCUGGAGUUUGAGCACGCAGACGCUGCUCUACUCUUUCCCAAACGAACACGCUCGCCAGUCCCUUUUCCGUAACCUGGGGACGGGGGUCAUGCAGAUCGAGGUGGGACCGGCCAAUCACAUCUUCUCUUGCGGUGCCGACGGGACCAUGAAGCUCAGACUGCUCCCCAACCGCUUCAACGUCAUCAACAAUAACCACGGCAACCUCAAGAGCGAUGUCAAGUUUAUCAUUUGAAACGAGCGAGUGGCCAUUUUGAACGCCAACAACGAGGAAAGACUAAAGACACGAGAAAAAGCCUCAUUUAGCAUUGGAAUGACUUGAAAUCAUAAUAUUAAUAUUUGGAGAAGUUUUUUGGCUUAAUGGGCCAAGAGUAUUCAACUUCUUUACCUCUUUUGAUUUCAAUAUAACUUAUCUGCAAAUGGAGUAGACGUCAAUAUUCAGUACUCGAUGCCAAUUUCAAUACUACUACUAGUUUUAGUUUCACUUUAUAAUAAUAAUAAAUUUUAUUUAUAAGUGCCUCUCAAAACACAAGGGCAUUGUGCAGAACAUGUUAAUUUUUUUUUAACAGUCUUUCAAAAUUCACUGACUCAAACUCUGUGGCCACAGCUGCCCUGGGGUCAACUGAGGCUGCCAAUCCGCACCAUCGGCCCCUCCAACCGCAAUCUCGUGCUUAGUUCACUCACAAUUCAUUGCGAGUGAUAUUCAUAUUCAAACAUGGGUGAAGUGUCUUGCUCAAGGACACAACCAUAGCACAUACAUUUGGUUUGGAGGUUGAACACAAAAUGGCACUUGGAUCAAAAUGGCAGAUCUAUUUUAUUUUUUAUUUUUUUCUUGAUGCCAAUCAGAAAUAUAAUGCAAAAGGCUUAAUAAUUUUCUUAUAAAGGAGCUCAACAAUUACAGAUCACUGAUAUCAGCCUGCUCCAGUUCUGGAAGUGAAUAUUUCAUUCAUUUUUCCGAUAAAAAUUCACGUUAAGAGUUUAAAGUCAUCACGGAGACUAACCAGCGACGUGCGAACCAAUAUCUUUAACCUGGUUGUUACACAUUUAAAACACAAGAUUCUACGUAAUGCUUUAAAAUCUUUGCAAAUUAUAAAACAGAUUUUAAAUAUAAUUAUAGUUCUUGUGGUCAUUACUUAAAACUUUUAAUAUGUCUGUUCUACGGGGGAAAAUGAAUGAGAAUUUUACUGCCAGAACUCACCAGGGGCGUCACUGUUGAGCUCCAUUCAUUCAGUCUAGACCAGCCAAAGAAAAACCAUAUUAAUAUUUUGAAUACAAGUUAUAUUCACCAAUGCUAGAUAUACUUUUUAGCGUGUACACGGACUGACUUUUUCAGUAAUGUGAACACAAACUGAACCUUUUUGUCUGAGGUGUCACAGGGUACGGAUCCAGAGCACAGAAAUCUACAGAAGAAGAAGUAGAAGAAGAUGCUUUUUUGCACAUGUGCAGUAGAAUAACAUGUAAAACCCACAGUUGUCCUUAGUGCGGACGCAGCUCUCCUCCUUCACUUCCUGUCAUUUUUACAGUGUUUAAACCUCUAGCUAGCACCGUUCGUUAGGUUGCAUUCACGUGACGUAACUCUCAAGACUGGUUUACCAUUUUGUUUGGCGAUCAGAAUUUGCAUCGUAGUUGUCCAUAAAUUAUGUUAAUGGUUAAUAUCUGUGUCGUUACUGGGUCUGUCCAUAUGAAACAAAAACUAGCACAAAGUUCACCAACGUCUUCUCUGUCGGCACAAAUGAACUUAGCUCAAAUAUCUUUUUCACUUUGUGUUUCAGCACUACUAAAACAUGACCCAGAUAUCUUUAAAGGAGCAAUGUGUAACUUGUCUAGUGGAGGCUGUGCAACCUGCUUUUCUCCAUGGAAAUGUUAGUCCCCUAGAAUGUUUCAUAGUAUGGCAUUAAAUGUAAUACAAAGAAAGUUGUGAUGCCACAAAGCCAAGUUACAGCUCAGCUUUAUCACCGUAAAAGUGCAUUUUUUUAGGUGAGGUUCUAGCAAUAAACAUUUGUAAUUUAAUGCCAUAAUGUGGAACACUGUGAGCAAAGCAGCGUUUCCUUGGAGAAAAGCAGGAAGUGAACCCCUACAAGAAAAGUUGCAUAAUGCAGCUUUAAGACCCUGAAUUAAUAUGGCGACUUCUGUAAACCUAGUCCUGUAUUAUAAUGUAGUUUCCUCAUCACAAACAGACCUGGAGUUUGUGUUUCAUUCACACGUUUAACACACAAACCUGCAUAUUUAGGCUGAGUUCUCCCAAACUGAAAACGCUCUGUUCCACCUUGUGAUGUCAUGUGGUAAAACAGGAAGUGCUCCAUUUUGUUUUUAAACUCCACACGUCUUCUCUAGAAUAAUUUCAAUGAUUUCAUCCCUGGAAUUGCCAAUAUGCACUAAACAAAAGUUAAAAGGAGCUGUUAACUUGAAAACUACCACUUCAUGACAUCACAAGGUGGAACAGAGCAUUUUGAGGUUUGGAGAUGUAGAUAGACUAAAAAUAAAGUUUUACUCAAACAUGUGUGAAUGAAACAAAACACAACUCCAGGUAUGUUUUUGCUGAGUUAACAGUAUUAUAACAUGGCUUAAACCUCAGAGUACAUUUUGCGUGACUUUUCGAGUGAAUCUCUCAUAGAGUUAUACAGACCCUUGCCCUCCAUCUAAACUCCAACGCCGUGAACGCAACCUAUACAACGUAGUACAUUUGGAGCAGAAAGCACAUUAUAUACUUUUCAUCUUUCCAACGGUUUUUGGUGCAUUUUAGGUGCUCCAUCCAAACUUGCCAGCAGAGGGCCACUUUUUGUAACGAUCAAAAUGAAAAAACAGAGCCAUUUUAUACGUUAGCUAAUAGGCUAUUAAAAAUAUUGAUUUUUACCUCUUAAAAUCACAUCAAAAUCAAUACUAGAUUCUCCUUUCUCUAUAUUUGCACAUAGAAUAAUAUACAGGUAGGAUAGGCUAUGUCUUUGGUAUUCAGAUUCAUAUAUAUAUAUAUAUCUAUAGAGAGAGUGAUAAAAAUGUGUUAACUGCCUAUGGUACUCGUAAUAAUAUGCUAUAAGUGUCCUUAACCCUUAAAUUACUUAAUUACUGCACAUUUUGGUGGUUUCUAUGGUGAAAAAGUUCCACAGGCUAGCUUUACUUUUACAACGCAAUGUGUACAACUACUAGCCCGAUUUGUGUGUUUAGAAAGUGUAGCAGAAUUUUUGGCAAAUUUUUUAAUUUUAGAGUUUUUGAGUUUUUAUUCGAGUAACACCGUUGGCACUUUUUAUUACCUUAAGUCAAGGACCAUUUUAUUUUGAACUGCCUUGAAAACUAUCAUUUGCCUUGCUUAUUUGUGUUUUAUUUUGAAAAGUGCUUGAACGCAGCAGAUGCUAAAGACGCUAAAGAUGCUAAAGGUAAAUUAUUAAAGUUUGCUAUUUCGCGAUGCUAACUGCCCAUGUAACCCACCGCUGCUGUUGAGAAAGAAUUAUGAGUUUGUUUUAUCGUUUGUGUAAAUUCAGGGAGGACGCCGCAGCAGUUUUAUGAAGCUGAUAAAUUGCAUUUAUGUGUAGAUGGAUCCGUAAACUUCACUUUCUCCAGAUCUUUUAUUAUUAUUUGAAAUAUAAAAGUUUGGGUCACACUUUGUUUUACGACCCUCUUUGAAAACAUCGUACUGGUCUUUUUAAGCACAAUGUAAUGAACUGUGAAGUUACCUAUAAUAAAAUGUAAUUAUAACGUACUUUAGGUAAGGUUUAAAGCUACACCGUGUAACUUUUCUGCUAGUUUCCAUGGAGAUGUGAUUGGGAUGUUCCACACUAUGGCAUAAACAUAUCGAUCAUUGAUUUAUUCAACAAACUUGUAUUCUUAUUGUGAGCAGACUCGCCUCUCCACAGAUCUGACAUGUAUAGUGUCGCAUCCUUGUUUCCAUGGAGAUGGAUGAGUUUCAUGCUAUACUGUGCUGAGGAAUGUUUCAGGGAAAGUGAGGACAUCUCCAUGGAGACAGGCAAGUAGUUUAGAGUUAUGCACCGUCCAGCUUUUUCUGUUUUGAUGCAGAUCUCGAUACUUUGACUUUGAGUAUUUGAUCUGAUUCCUGAUUCAGCAGAGACUCAGAAUAUAAAUGAUUUCCUUAAAAUACACCCCAUAAUGUAAAAACUAUCCAAAUGUAACUGUUAUACAUCAUUUAAAGUACUUGCAGAACAGCUUCUGUUUAAAUAAGCUGAACUAUGAUGAGACAUUUUGGACCAACACUGGUCUGUAAAUGUGGCAAAUCCAGACUGAUCUCACUCUGUUUUUAUACAGAUUCAUAUCAUUCUGAUCCCCACGUCCUCCGUUGUGUGUUAAGUGACGUGAUCGUCCAAUCAGACGACGUGUGUAAAUGAUGUGUGACCAGUGAACUCACAUUUGUCUCACCUCAGAUUAAGAGUUUCAGCUUCUCACAUUGACUCAGAAAUCCACAUGUGAUAUUUUUUUCCUUUAUUAUUUCCGAUAUGGACCAGGCUGGUCUCUGUCUCAGACUCACAUCUUAAGGUUUGAAGAAGUGUGUGUUCUGGAUCCCAAGCAACUAGUAAAUCAUUUUAUUACACAAAUUUAUAGACAAAAAUGGGAUAUCGACUGAACCGAUCUCUUGGAAGCCGAAAAUCAGAUACCAGCAUCACAUCAGUGCUUCCCUCGUUAUGUUCUAGCUUCUGUUUUAAGUUGAUAUUUCUCGGCACAAUUACAUUGUACUUAAACAGAUCAUUACUGUUAUUAUAAAUACAGCCAUACAUCCAUUAUGAAGAAUCUCUUUGUACAGACGUAUUUAUGAAACAGGAGUCUAACCUCACGAUGCUUUUUUGCUUCCCUCUUUUGCCAAUUUCUUCUGUUCUCCUGGAGGACGUGAUCUCGAACCACUUUGCUUUUGUUUUUAUUGCACCUGCAGAAACUGGACGUAUUUUAAUUUGAAUUAUUUUGUUUAUUUUAAGUCCAAAUGAGACAAGAUGGACUUUUUAUGGAAGUACUUUUGUCCAGAUGCUUUUAGCUUGUAGCUGGACGAGUUCUGCUGAAGAACUCGUCUUAAUCACCGAACCAAAUUAAUGAGAUUUUUUCUUGCAAAUGUGAAUCUAAUUUUCUAAUUCAGAUUUUGUGUAAAUUGAAUUAUUGUAUAAAGUCCAUGUACAAAUGUAAUAAACUAUUAAGUGAU